AUGUGGCUCCUGAUUGCUCUAUUCUUGGCGCAAUAUUGUGGCUUAAAUAUUCAGCUUCGAAAACGAACUUUGGAGAUAAGAACACUUCGAGAUGGAGAAUAUAAUGUGGUGCUCUUUCGUAUUCCAAGCGGUGUGUUCGAUAGUGGGAGCGACGAACGAGUGUCUUCGAUAGCGCUUGUCUUGAACGACACUCGUGUUGUCUUACCCGAUGGUCCGGGAUUAUCUCAAAAUCCAUUCGCUGUGAUAGUACCAGGCUUUUCAACGAAAUCCACUACGUCCUCAAAGCAACCUUUCAAUGGUACAACAACUGUGCCAUCAGUAUCUUUGGCCCGGGCUCUGUCCACAACCAGUGUCAGACAGUCUGCUUCAAAAUUCGGUCACAUUCCACAUAUUAUCCACCAAACAUGGAAGAGCGCGGAGGUGCCCGUUUCAAUGAAGAAGUUCAUCGAAAGCUGGCGGAGUCAUCAUCCGCAGUGGGAGUACUGGUUCUGGCGAGAUCAGGAUAUUCAAGAAUUCGUCAGGUUAAAAUAUCCUUGGUUUCUGCCAACGUACAAUAGCUAUACUAUGACCAUAAUGAAGGCAGAUGUGUUCCGGUAUCUCAUCCUUCAUGAGUUUGGUGGCGUGUACGCCGACCUGGACAUGGAAUGCCUCCGUCCGCUUGACGACUUCGUGGCCAAAAGGUCGUGUAUCCUUUCUCAGGAACCGCUAGAACACGCCUUUCUACUCUAUGGAAGAAGCAGAUUGGCUUGCAAUGCCAUGAUGGCUUGCAAACCCAAACAUCCAUUCUUUAAAUAUCUACUGCACCAGUUGCCAAUAAUUCAGUCGCUUCACAAUAAACGUAACGACUCUCGGAACGUUUUGACAAUCUCGGGACCUUUAAUGUUGGAGCAGUCUCUACAGCUUUACGAAAAGAACCUUACUGCCGCCAAGAAUAAAUCUGCCACCGCAGCCGAAGACUCUGAAGUCCAUGUGGCUUCACCAAGGGAACUCAUGCCUAUAUUCGACCGUGGGCAAAGCUCGAACUUCAGAUCGCAGUGUCAAACGAGGAAAACACGACGAUCGGAAGUAUGCCGUGAGCUUAGAAGACGAGCGUACUCUAACAAUGUUGGCAAGGACUCCUACACUGUCCAUCAUUGGAUUCAUUUCUGGGCUGACUGGUGGAAAAAAGGAUAUGGCGAUACUACUCAUAUAAGAAACGUUAUACCUGACGUGGUGAACUUGACGACAAGAGGAAUAUUCUGA